AUGGCCCAGGGCCAAGCGAGGCAGGGCCUGUCCUAUGAGUACAAUCUGGAGGACGUGGCAGCUCCCAGGGGUGGUGCUGGCCGCUGCUUGCCAACGGCGGUGGCUGUCCAAGCAGCUGGACCGCGACCAGCUGCCCACAAGCCCCAAGCCCUGGCCAAGCCUAAGCGGGUGGCUGGAGCCUUGCUGGAUACACAGAGUGUGGUACAAAAGGCCAGGGGAGAGGAGAGGCCAAGGGACCACCUGGAGGCUGCAGGCCACGUGUGUAUUCUGAAAGAUGCCUCCGACUUGGAAAGCUCGUCCGAAAUCGCCAAGCUCAUUGAGGCCGAGAGCCUGGAGGCAGCACUGGCCCUUCAUCUGUACAGAGGAGGCAGACUUCUGCAAGGUCACGGGAUUCCCUUUGGAAUCAUCUUCGGUGGAACCGAUUUAAAUGAAGAUGUUAACCAUGGAGAGAAGAAGAAAGUGAUGGGGAAAGUCCUGGAAGAAGCCAGAUUUGCCGUCGCCUUCACAGAGUCAAUGAAGGAAAUGGCACAAACACAGUGGCCGCAUGCUAGGGGUAAGAUCUGUGUCCAGAGUCAAGGAAUCGUGACAGGACCAAACUCUGCCUUUAACUGGAACACCUUUCUUCACCAGUCAGGGAUUAACCAAAGUGCUGAUAAUUUACACAUCUUCCUCCUGGUGUGUGGGCUGAGACAAGUGAAGGACCCUCUCUAUCUGGUGGAUGCGUUCUCAGAAUGGCAUCGAGAAGAGCCUAAUGUUUACAUGGUGAUCGUGGGUCCUGAAGUGGACCCAGUGUUUACAAGGGAAGUGGGAGCCAGAGUAAAGAGGGCUGCGGGCGUGCGGCUGAUCCGAGAGAUGCCCCAGGGGGACCUACACGCAGCGCUCAAGAACUGCUUCGCGGUGGUGAACAGCUCAGUCUCCGAGGGCAUGUCUGCGGCCAUCCUGGAGGCGAUGGAUCUGGAAGUUCCCGUGCUGGCCAGGAACAUCCCCGGGAACGCGGCAGUGGUGAAGCAUGAAGUCACAGGGCUGUUGUUCUCAGACCCUCAGGAGUUUGUGCAGCUGGCAAAGAGACUGGUCAGCGACCCCGCACUAGAGAGAGAAAUCGUGGCCAACGGAAGGAAGUACGUGAGAGCACGUCACUCGUGGCAGGCGGAGAGAUGCACCUACCAGAACCUCAUCAGGACCCUCGAGGGAAGCAUCCAGGACUAA